UCCCAGCACGAUUGGAGAUCAGCCGGCGCAGACCUUCAGCACGCGUCUACCCACUCCGUUCUCUCUCUCGACGCCCGUAAUUUGUACAUAUUGUGUAGGCCCUCGUGCACUACUUUUCAGCUCUCCGCCCCUCAUCUCGUUGGCUCCACAACCGCCUGCUCGGAUCCCCCGCAUACUGAACAGAGUCACGACUACUAUAAAGGAUCGCCAUCAUGGACCCUGUUUCCUCUGGCGCGGACCCCACUACGCCCCUGGAGGUAUUUAACAAUGCGACCAUUGCUACCGGAGGCGAUAGCAGGUUGUACAACCUCAAUGUCUUUUACGAUGCGGGCGAUAUCGCUUGGAUGCUCACGUCUACGGCGUUGGUGCUGCUCAUGAUUCCGGGAGUUGGCUUCUUCUAUUCUGGACUCGCGAGACGAAAGUCCGCCCUCAGUUUGCUAUGGCUGAGUGUCAUGGCUACGGCGGUUAUCAGCUUCCAAUGGUUUCUUUGGGGUUAUUCGUUGGCUUUCUCGCACACAGCGGGAAAGUACAUCGGUAACCUUGAUAAUGUCGGAUUGAAGGACGUGCUUGGUGCUCCGUCUAUUGGAAGUUCGAGAAUUCCCGACCUGAUGUUCUGCAUCUACCAGGGCAUGUUUGCUGCUAUCACUGUUGCCCUUGCUGUUGGUGCCGUAGCAGAACGUGGUCGCAUGCUUCCUUGCAUCAUCUACAUGUUCGUCUGGUCAACUCUUAUCUACGAUCCCAUUGCCUGCUGGACCUGGAACUCUUCUGGUUGGGUCUUCCAAUUGGGCGGCCUUGACUUCGCUGGUGGCACACCUGUCCAUAUUGCCUCUGGUACUGCCGCUCUCGCCUACUCAUACAUGUUGGGUAAGCGUAGCGGUCACGGAACUCAGGAGCUGAACUACCGUCCCCACAACGUCACCCAUAUUGUUAUCGGCACUGUCUUCCUGUGGGUCGGCUGGUUCGGUUUCAAUGCUGGUUCGGCGCUUUCUGCGAACUUGCGCGCCAUAAUGGCGGCUGUGUGCACAAACCUCGCUGCCUGCGUGGGCGGCAUUACAUGGUGCCUAGUCGACUACCGUCUGGAACGCAAGUGGUCGACAGUCGGCUUCUGCUCGGGUGUGAUCGCUGGUUUGGUCGCGAUUACACCUGGCUCUGGAUACGUACCUCCUUGGGCAGCAGUUGUCUUCGGUGCUGUUGGUGGCGUUGCUUGCAACUACGCAACUAAGCUGAAGUACUUCCUUCGCGCCGACGACGCUCUUGACAUCUUCGCCGUCCAUGGUGUUGGUGGUUUUAUCGGCAACAUCCUCACCGCCUUCUUUGCUGCUGAUUACAUAGCUCAUCUCGACGGCUACACUGUCAUCCCCGGUGGCUGGCUGAACCACAACUGGGUGCAACUCGGUUACCAGCUUGCCGAUUCGCUCGCUGGCGGCGCAUACUCAUUCGUCGGUACCUGUCUGAUCCUCGGUGCACUUGACUUCAUUGGCAAAUUCGUGCCUGCGCUCCGCCUGCGCGCUACAGAAGAAGAGGAGGCCCUCGGUAUCGAUGAUGUCGAGAUCGGUGAAUUCGCGUAUGAUUACGUUGAGCUCACCCGUGAACUGAAGGUUCAAGAUGACGUGGACGAGGGCAUGUCGAUGCACUCACUGCACCACAGCGGUGCUGGCAUGGCAAUCACAAGCCACCACGAGAAGAACCAGGGGUCAAUGGACUCUGGGAACCAGCUUGCUGACUGGGCUCAUCGCGCGUAAUGAGUCCAGUCCCUAGCUACUGCUUCAUUCCUCUUAGCGUUGCGUUCGCUCUAUACCAUCGAGUCAUUUAUUCCUAGACUCGCACUUUCUGGCGGAUGUUUGGAGCAUGUUUUGUCUUCGUAAUGUAGUAUAUGGGUGGAUGAAUUGUAUGCCACAAGGCACAGUUGGCGAUCACCCACAGUCCGUUGAUGUGACCCUUGCAAAUGUCUUGGACGAAUCUGAAAGAGCCACUGCCGUCAUUACCCGUGUCCACCUUGAAUGUUCAUUGUCACGUGCCAGGGGCUACCGAGCCAAUCGGCAAGUCAACAUGCAUAAAUCGAAGCUCGAGCGGUGACGACGCUCUGCAGGUCGUGUGAGUGCGCAUGACAAGCCACAGCAGUGGCAAAGCCGGUCUUGCCGCGUGGACAAAUGGACUGGCUUGUCGAGGCGGUGUUGCACAAAGGCGCAAGG